AGUGGACUGCAUGUGGACUGCAUGUGUGCUGAACCCGAUAGUCCCACAAGGACCCCUUGUGGUCCUGCUGUUCUGUUCUCACUGAGUCUGACGUGCCGGUAGUGAGAUGGCGCAAAAAUAAAGAUGUCUGUUAUGCGAGAGGACAAGAAAGCCCUGCCCUGCUCGCAGAAGCUGGCAAUGAUAGCCAUUCGGGCAGCAUGGAUUGAGGCUGGCCGCCCCCGGGCGGUAAUUGGUAACCCUUCUGGAAAGAGACAUCUGGUAGAUCGGUAUCGCGAAUUCCAAAGGUUAGCACUAAUGAAGACCCGGAUUGAAGAUAACAGGAAGCUGGCCAGGAGUGAGGACAAGAAAAUAGUGCCGGACAAGAAAAUAGUGCCCAAGUGGACAGAACGUCUGCGACCAUGGCUUUCGUUGGCUACCUCGUCUGAUGAAGUGUGGAGGCUAGCAAUGCAGUUUUAUGAGCGUUGGGAGAGCGGGUGUCUGCUUGCCACUGAUGGCGUCAUGCACAAGAACAAGAAGAAGCGGUCCAUUUUCCCAGAUGUGGACCCCCCUAUGGACAAGAAGGAUAAGGCAAGCGAAGAGGGUGACCAGUUUGUGGCAGUAAGGAACCCCGCUGUAAGCUGCUGGAGGCAAAUGGGCGGCCUCACGGAUGACGAAAAAGCUCGUGUUCUACGGAAAGUUCUGUCCUUGGAGGUCGUCUGGGUUAAGACGGCCAGUGAGGCGCUGAAGAGCCAGAGGAAGCUUUCAGGGAUUAGGGAAGCGGUUUUUAUUGAAAAGUGUGACCGCAUGAUGCUUCGUCUGUUCCACUACAUCAAGUUUGAUCAUGAGAAUAGGCCUGAGGAAGAGUGGGAGAAGGAUUCACCGUUCUUUCGGCCACUGACUGAUGUUUUCGAGGAAUUUGAAAAGCUCGGUCUAGAUCAAGAGCGCUGGACUGGUUGGAGAAGCUAUUUCACAGAUCAUUCUUAUGUGAACCUGUGCCCUCAAUUGCUGGGAGGUAAGUCAGACAACAAUCUCAAACGCACGAAAAAGCUCAUCGAGGAUAGCCGGUAUCCUUUGGAGUUUGACGAAGGUGUGAGGUCGGUUUUGGAGAAUCAGCACGAUGAGGUGUCUCACAUGUGACAUACGAGCUUACGUGCACGAACUGCUUUCGAAGCCCCUCUCGGUUUUGCGAUUAUGGACCCCAUCG